AUGGUGGAGAAGCGUCGGAGUCCGGCGGGCGACUCGCCGCCCGAGGCGCAGCGCCGCAAGAAGCUCAGCACGCGGCCCGACGACGAUGCGCAGCCCAUGGAUGUCGAGGCUGCACCGUCCUCCGCCUCCGCGCUGCUGUUCCGCGAGAGCUUCGCCGUGCUGGAGCUGAACAGCGAGCGAGUCGCGUCUGCGCCUCUGACGGACGCGCGCGGCGGCUCGUGGCGCGUGCUGUGGCAGCCGCGCAGCCCCGCGGACGCCACCCACGUCGGCGUGUUCGUGGAGCUCGUGGCGGGCGACGCGCGGCCCGCAGAGGUGAGCAUCACGCUGCUCAGCCACGGGGAAGGCCCUCACGUGGUCAAGACCACGAGCGUGCACGCGUUCUCCCGGGAGGACGCGGAGUUCGGCAUGAGCCAGUUCGUCCUGCGCAGCGACCUGCUGAACCCGAGCAACAAGUUCCUCACGGUCGAGGGCAAGGCGCAGAUCGAGGUGAGACUCACCUUCGUGGACGACACGACGCAGCACCUGCUGUCGUACGACUCCAAGGAGGAGACCGGCAUGGUCGGGCUCAAGAACCAGGGGGCCACGUGCUACCUGAACUCGCUGCUGCAGACGCUGUUCCACCUGCGCGCGUUCCGACAGGUGGUGUACGAGACCCCCACGACGCAGGAGGACACGAACGACUCGGUGUCGCUCGCACUGCAGCGCGUUUUCUACAGGCUGCAGAGGCAGCGCAAGGCCGUGUCUACGAAGGAGCUCACGCGCUCGUUCGGCUGGAGCCAGAUCGACUCGUUCAUGCAGCACGACGUUCAGGAGCUGUACCGGAUCUUGUGCGAUCGAUUGGAGGAGAAGAUGAAACACACCAGGGUGGACGCGGCCAUCCCCAAGCUGUUCGAGGGCAAAGUGCGCUCGUUUGUGCAGUGCGUGAACGUGGACUUCCAGUCGUUCCGGGACGAGAGCUUCUACGACCUGCAGCUGGAUGUGAAAGGGUGCAAGGACUUGAUGCAGUCCUUCCGCAAGUACGUAGAGGUGGAGAUGCUGGAUGGAGACAAUCAGUACGAAGCGGAAGGCCACGGGAAGCAGGAUGCCAAGAAGGGCAUUAAGUUUCUCACCUUCCCGCCCGUGCUUAAUAUUCAGCUGAAGCGCUUUGAGUACGAGCCGUUGCGUGAUGGCAUGGUGAAGAUUCACGACCGCUUUGAAUUCCCGAAAACGCUCGUCUUGGACGAGUUCAUCUCGACUAAUGAGGAGGAGGAGAACAAAACUGCAGGCGACAAGGAGAAGCCCUCACGAUAUACUUAUCACCUGCACAGCGUGUUGGUGCAUAGUGGCGAUGUACACGGAGGACACUAUUAUGUAUUUAUUCGGCCCGGCAAGCACAUUGCUACAAGUACGGACUGGUUCAGGUUUGACGAUGACCAAAUUACGCGCGUAGAUGAGCAGGUAGCAAUCGAGGGCAAUUUUGGAUCGGCAGGGACUCCUGUAACCCCGCUAGGCACGGAGCCGACGUCGCCACUGUACUCAUCGGCAUUAUUCAAUUCGCCGGAACACGCCGGAGCGGAGAGUAACGAGCCGAAUGGCAUGGACAGUCUCGAGUUUAGAUCGGUGGAUGCAGGUGGAGCUCCAGACGCGGAGAGUAGCCACACAGUAGAGGAAGUGUAUGACUACACACGCACCAACGGCGAUAGUAGUUCUGGACCGACGAACAGUUUGAUGCUGCCUCUUGGCAGGAACUUCUCGAGCGCGUAUAUGCUGGUGUACGUUCGUGACGGUGAGAACGAUAUCAGUGCUAUCCGAGAGGAGGCUGCGAGCAUGAAUGCCGAAAGCGAGCUUCCUUCUUGGCAACGAGACCCGCCUCUGAUCCCGGAUGAACUGGUUACUCGAUUCCACGAAGAGGAGAAGGCAGCUGCGCGUCGCAAGAAAGCCCAGCAAACAGAGCACUUGUACAUGAACUUUCGCAUCGCUUCAGAUGCGAGCGUCGCCAAGCUGAAGCGGGUCACGAAGACGAUGGAUUUCUCUAGUUUCAAUAACGCCAAUACCUUUCGCGUGCGCAUCAAGCGUGCGGCAUCCAUCCGCCAACUCUGUCGUCGCAUCUACAAAGAGACUGGGGUGCCCAUGUCACGCCAGCGCCUGUGGAAAGUUAUCGUGCGUGAAAACCGUACGACUCGCCCCGACCUGCCGGUGGACCCUGACGGAUAUGGCUGCCGCGUGGACUCGUUGAUCGAGGAUGACGCAUCGCCCAAAACGCCUGUAAAGUUGUUCCUUCAGAUUUUAAACGACCCGCCAGAAUCUUCAUCACAGCCGGCAGCGUCACCUCCGACGUCGCCAUCGUCUCCAUCAACACAUCCGCACAGGGUAAGAAAAACCGGCAAGGGACCUGCAGCUACAAUCCACAGGCAUUUUUGGGACGAGUUCACACCCCCGGAGAUCGAGGAGGGCGAGUCGGAGCCCAAGCCUAGCCAGGAAAUGGGCGAUGAGAACGAGGACGCUGCUGCUGUGUACACCGAGGCCAGUGACAGCACGACAUUGGACCAUGCGCCUCCCGUCCGCAGCCACAACAUCUUGUUAUUCAUCAAGUUUUACGAUCUAAAGCGAAAGCUUGGAGACCGGUUGGAGUAUGUGGGUAAUAUUGUGGUGGAUUCACGGAUUACAGGAUCAGAGCUGGCUCAGUACCUGCACGAGGCUCUAUCGAUCCCCUUUACGACCGAUUUGCGCCUCUACGAGGAGAUCCAACCUACGACUGUGUCCGCAAUCGGUAUGGAGACAUCGCUCCAUUCGGCGGAGAUUCAAAACGGUGACAUUAUUUGCUACCAGUACGCCGAGGACCAGGAGAUGGCGAGCGGAAUUGUGAUCGGCACAGAUCUGGGCAUCGAAGAUGACCCCGAUACCAUUGAAACGACGUAUAUUGGACCUAAUGGUGAAGAACAGAUAGUGGAGAGGUAUCCCGAUGUGGCGUCUUACUUCCGGUACUUGCUGGAUCGUGUGGAGGUGACAUUCCAUCGGUAUGGGCACUCCGAGGAAGAGUCUUUCACGCUCCCGCUCCUGCUCAGUAAUGUGUACGACGAGGUGAUCGACGCAGUGGCAGCGCACCUGGGUCUUGUCGGACCGAAGCGGUUAUUUGUGCGACUGUACCAGCACUCGCCGAUCAAUGGCAUGCCGUUGAAGACACCGCUGCGUCACUCGCGCUACGCUGGAGAUGACCAAACUACGCUGGAAGAGUUCCUGACCGAGUACCUGGAGCGCACCAACACCCUGCACUACGAGCUGCUGGAUCACGCGAUCACGGAGAUCGAGGCGAAGAAGGAGCUGCUUGUCCAUCUGAGCAUCUACGAUGCGUGCUUCGCCACUGAGCAGGCAGCGUCGCCGUCCCCGACUGCUCAGCAGCGCAACGUUGAGGUGCUCGUGAUGCCCACGCACAAGGUCUGCAACUUGCUGAAGCUUAUUCGCGAUGGUUUUGGGCUCCCGGAGGACACGCCGCUGCGCGCGUGCGAGGUUGUGCAGCAGGGAACGAUGAUCAAGCGUGUGUUGGAUGAGGAUACGUCGCUGUCGCGCUAUUGGGGAAAUAACGCCUCGUCAGACCCCAAUACGCCCGAGAUCAUGGUGGAGCAGAUCCCGUCCUACGAACUGAUCAGCGACGAUCUCGCUCAGCCAGAUGAGGAUGAAGCCAUGUCGGACGACGAAGCUCGCCCCGAGUGGUUCUACAAGGGCGUGGUACACUUCAACUUCCAGAACAGCUCGCAGAAGUGGAUCCACCCGCAUGGUGUGCCGUGCGUGGUGCGUUUCAGCGAGCGGGACACCGUCGGCGACGUCAAGGAGCGCAUCCGGCAACGCAUGAGCAUCUCGUCCGAGGUGUUCGCGCAGUGGAACUUUGCGUUGGUGAAGGACCUCAAGGCGUCGACGCUGCAGGCCGUGUACGACGACAUGGAGGCCGACGCGCUGGACGCGUUCCCCAUGUCGCAGCUCACGGAGCUCUGCGGCGCCGACUUUGAGGGACUGGGCAACCUGGGGCUGGAGCACGCGGACCCGACGCCGCCGCCGCGCCACCACGCGAACCGGAGGCUCGAUACGGGCAUCCACAUCCGCCAGAGCUAGAGCUGCAGCCAAAUACAGGUCAGCUUUGGAGGUGU